AUGCGCGUGGUAACCAUCUUAAUCCUGCUCUUCUUUUGUAAAGCCGCUGAGCGCAAAGGAAGCCCUGGGGGUGCGAGAAACCGAGUGAAUCACAGCCGGGCUGGUGGGAGCCGGAAAGUCUCCAGCCUGGUCAAACGCUACGCUCCAGGCCUCCCCUGUGAAGUGUACACAUAUCUUCAUGAGAAAUACUUAGAUUGUCAAGAGAGAAAACUAGUUUAUGUGCUGCCCAGCUGGCCUCAGGAUUUACUGCACAUGCUAUUAGCAAGAAACAAAAUCCGCAUACUGAAGAACAACAUGUUUUCCAAGUUUAAAAAGCUGAAAAGCUUGGAUUUACAACAGAAUGAGAUCUCCAAAAUUGAGAGUGAGGCUUUCUUUGGUUUAAAUAAACUUACCACUCUCUUACUGCAGCACAACCAGAUCAAAGUCUUGACAGAGGAAGUGUUCAUUUACACACCUCUCCUGAGCUACCUGCGUCUUUAUGACAAUCCCUGGCAUUGUACUUGUGAGAUGGAAACGCUUAUUUCAAUGUUGCAGAUUCCAAGGAACCGGAAUUUGGGGAACUAUGCCAAGUGUGAAAGCCCUCAAGGACUAAAAAAUAAAAAACUGAGGCAGAUAAAAUCUGAACAGUUGUGUAAUGAAGAAAAGGAACAUUUGGAUCCAAAACCCCAAGUGUCAGGGAAACCCCCAGUCAUCAAGCCUGAGGUGGACUCUUCUCUUUGCCACAACUACGUGUUUCCCAUACGAACACUGGACUGCAAAAGAAAAGAGUUGAAGAAAGUUCCAAACAACAUCCCUCCAGACAUUGUUAAACUUGACUUGUCACACAACAAAAUCAACCAGCUUCGACCCAAGGAGUUUGAAGAUGCUCAUGAGCUAAAGAAAUUAAACCUCAGCAGCAACGGCAUUCAAUUCAUAGAUCCCGCUGCUUUUUUAGGACUCACACAUUUAGAAGAGUUAGAUUUAUCAAACAACAGUCUGCAAAACUUUGACUAUGGAGUAUUAGAAGACUUGUAUUUUUUGAAACUCUUGUGGCUCAGAGAUAACCCUUGGAGAUGUGACUACAACAUCCACUACCUCUACUACUGGUUAAUGCAUCACUACAACGUGCACUAUAAUGGCCUGGAGUGCAAAAUGCCCAAAGAAUACAAAGGGUGGUUUGUGGGAAAAUAUGUUCGGAGUUACUAUGAAGAAUGCCCCAAAGACAAAUUACCAGCAUACCCUGAAACAUUUGACCAGGAUACAGAAGAUGAUGAAUGGGAAAAAAUACAUAAGGAUCACACAGCAAAGAAACAAAGUGUAAGAAUCACUAUUGUGGGAUAA